AUGUCGAAGCAAAUUGGUAGUAAUUCCAGAAAACCUCAACAGGAUAUGUCAAAAUUUCAAUGUUUAACGUGUUCUCAAGUGCUCGAUGCAGAGUCUAUGAUGAAACAUUUAUCAUCUACUCGCCACAAGGCAAUUACAGAUAUUUUAAGAGAUGAGGAUGUUUCUUGUGAAGAAUGUUCGGAUUCAAAUAUACAUCAAUUGCAGAUUAUUCGUUUUGGUGGUGAAGAUAUGGCUUUAUUAUGUAAUACCUGUUUUAAGAAGGAAUAUGCGAAUGAGAAUGAAAAGCCCAACACAUGUUAUUCGUUGUCAAAUGGGUCUAUCUUGAAGAGCUGGUCAAAUUACUUGAAAGUUAGGGAUUGCGUUUGUGGAAAUUGUGGUAAAGAAUCGCAUUUAAAUGUUAAUUCUCGUAAAAAUGUAUUAUGUGAUCAAUGUUUGCAAAAAGAAUCAGUUAAUAGAAAGACUCUCCUGAAUGACUAUAUAUCAGAAAGUAGUGGAAGAUUCCUUUAUUUGUUUUUAGGUAUACCAGAAACUAAGAAAGUCAAUAAAGUACAAAAAAGAAAAGGAAGGAAAAUGGGUAGAGGUAAAAAGAAGGGUAGAGAUAAAGGGAAAAAAGGCGAAGGUAAACCAAAAAAAGUAUUGACUGUGCAUGAACAAAUGGCAAAGCGUGCUUAUGAAACAAAAAAAAUGAAUAAUAUAAUCGAAAGUACAAACUCCAUUAGUCUAGAUUCAUUCAAAGGAAUAAGAGCAUCUUCCAGUUCUCCUACCCCUAGUAAAUUAAUUCCUACUUCAAAAUCAUUUGGACAGAGCAUAUCAUCAAUGUCAAGUUCAAAAUCGCAAACAAAACCAUCUACAUUAAGACAAAACAAUAAUGCUUCUACUUCUUCCAAAAGACAGAGCUCCGCGAACGCAACUAUUGCUAAAAGCUCAAGAAACUUAAAAACGUCAUCAAAUAGAUCAGAUAAAAGCCAUGGGGUAAAAACUAUAAAUUCGCCUGCAAAAAAGGUGAACAAUACAUCAGCAAGACAAGAACGAGCUGAGUUUAGGUCCAAACCCGAUAAGAAGGGAAACAAAAAUACUUCUUCUAAUUUUACAUUUAAAUCUCAUGAGGACUCAAAUAGUGUUGCAAAUGGUCCAAAAUCAGUAAAAUUGGACAAUAAAUCAUUACCAAAAAAAGGUGACUCAAAUGAAAAGAAUAAAAAAUAUUCAAAUACAAAGGAAAAUGAUGGCAAAAGCACUAAAAACACUGGAAAUAGAAACCAAUCCGAAAAAAUACGUGAUGAAAUAUCCAAAAGAGUUACUUCGAAUGCAACUAAGGGUAAUGGAAAUAAUUCAGCAGAUAAAGUAAAGGAAGCUAAAAAAACAAAUAACAGUAAUAAUAAAGUAGAAGAAAUUGAAGAAGGUGUUCCAAUAAAAGAAUUCACAAAAUAUAUACCACAGAUGACAUAUGCAGAUUUAGAAUCCUAUUUCUUGAAUUUUUCCCAUGCUUUAUUCCUGGAACAAAAACUUGAAGCAGAUUUUAUACAAAAUUUUGAAAUAAUAUGGCCAAGAAAAGAUACCGAAAGAGUAUUUGUCAUUCAUAUUAAACAAAAUAAUAAUCCUGAAAUUGAAAAAAUGUUAUCACCAACAUUUGCAAAACUGGGUGUACUACCUUUUAUCAAUAGACAAGUUAUCAUGUUAUCCAACCAAGAAGAAACUCAAGUCUGGUAUUGUUAUGUUAAGGAAGUUGCCUCUAGAAGAGGUAACAUUCAAAUAUUGUUGGAAUUAUUUUACUGGAACAACCAAAAGUUACCUAACACAAGACGAAAUGAAGAAUUCAAAAUUUUACCAUGUUCUGCCCAAACAAACAGAAUUAUGUUUGCAAUGACAAGUAUUAAAAAUCAGCGCUUUGUUGCUUUGUUACUUGGUGUUAAGCCUGUUAGACAAAUUGAUUUCAAAAAUAGAAUUCAAUUUUCAAAGGAAACGCUUAACGAUUCUCAAAAAUCAGCUAUCCAGCACGUUCUUAAUAAUAGCAUAACAAUUUUACAAGGACCUCCAGGUACUGGUAAAACUUCUACUAUCGAGGAAAUAAUUUUACAAAUGAUUAAAAACUUUAAUUCAUUUCCUAUUUUGUGUGUUGCUGCUAGUAAUAUUGCAAUUGAUAAUAUUGCUGAGAAAUUAUUGGAAUCAAAACCAGAUAUAAAGAUAUUAAGAAUUUUAUCUGAGGGUAAAGAACAACAAUAUGGUAAAGAUCACCCGCUUGGUAAAAUUUGUUUACAUAAUAUUGUAAAUGAUCAAUUAUCGGAAAAUGGGAUAGACACUUUAAUAAAAGUACGUUCUGGGAGGAUUAAGGAUGUCUCCAAAAAUCAGUUAAAUAAGUUGAUGACUGAACAGAACAAUAUAUCAGAUAGAUAUGUAUCACAAGCACAAAUUUUGUUAACGACUAACAUUGCUGCCGGUGGUCGUCAAUUAAAAUCUAUUAAGGAAGUUCCUGUUGUUAUAAUGGAUGAAGCGACCCAGUCCUCAGAAAUGUCUACAUUAGUUCCACUAUCCUUGCCUGGUAUUCGUACAUUUGUAUUUGUUGGAGAUGAAAAGCAAUUAUCAAGCUUUAGUAAUGUGCCACAGUUGGAGAUGUCUUUAUUUGAAAGAAUCUUAUUGAACGGUUCUUACAAAAAUCCUCAUAUGUUAGAUACUCAAUACAGAAUGCAUCCUCAAAUCAGCCGGUUCCCAAUUGAAAAGUUCUAUGAUAAUAAAUUACUUGAUGGUGUCACAGAAGAGCAAAAGAAAUGGCCAGGUAUUGAGCAUCCUUUAUAUUUCCAUCAAUGCGAUAAAGGUUUGGAAAACAAAGUAUUUAAUUAUAACAGAGGCUCUAGAGGUUUUACUUACACCAAUAAGCAUGAAGUUAAGGAAAUUGUGAAGUUUAUUUAUAGAUUAAUUUUGGAGAAGAAUGUUCCUCGUACAGAAAUCGGUAUCAUCACUCCAUAUUCUGCUCAAAGGGAUCUUAUUUCGGAAACGUUACAAAAAGAUCUCGUAGUCAAUCCUGAAAGACUUGAGAUGGAGAGAGAAGUUGAUGACCUUGACCUAUUGAAUAGUAGGUUAAGAGCAAAGACUAGUGGUUUAUCAAAUGAUGGAAAUAAAGUCAACACAAUCAAUAUUAUAAAUGGAGUUUUUAUUUCUACAAUUGAUUCAUUCCAAGGUCAUGAAAAAGGGUUUAUUAUAUUUUCUUGUGUUAGAAACAAUAAAGAAAAUAAAAUUGGUUUUGUUAGUGAUAAGAGAAGAAUGAAUGUUGCAUUGACGAGAGCCAAACAUGGUUUAAUUAUGAUUGGUAAUAAAAAUAUACUUAAAAAAGACACGAAAUUGUGGGCAAGUUAUAUUGAUUACCUUGAAAAACACAAUCUCAUCCACACUAAUCUUGAUGAGUAUUAG